UUGAGUCGCAAAUCGAAAACGCCACGGACUCUACUUAUACUGUGACGUGAUGUUUGUGUGUAAUAUUAAUUUAAGUUAGCACGUCUCUUCUGCUUGUUUUUAUGGUUGUAUCAUGCUAUAUUUUCUGCACUUAAAAUGAAAUAAUGAUAUAUUAAUUAGAUGUUGAAGAAAAAAGAGAAAAAAUGAGAAGUGCUAAAAGUUCAGUUAUAAAGAACAAAUGUUUCUCUGAUGUACGGAGUCUGUCGAAUUGAGUUAUCUCAAUAUAGUAUAUGUUUUAUAGUUUUAUGUAUGUAUGUAUAUAUGUAAGCAGAAAGUACUCAUUUAGUGAUUGCAUUAUUAUCUGCUAUCAUUUGUUAUAAACAACAAUGGCGUGGUCAAACUAUCAACGUACUUUAGCUAUACUUCAAAUAGUUACAGGCUCGUUUAAUACUUUAUCAGUUAAAUAUGCAGAUCGACAAGUUGUACUUGGUGAAGAUGAACAGCUCAGACAUUUUAAUCAUCCCUUUAUGCAAUCGUUAUUUAUGUUUUUUGGAGAAGCUCUUUGUUUUUUAGCGUUUAAAAUUUUUUAUUAUUAUUAUAAUCGGCGAGGCGAUGGCUCCAUAGAUAAUAAUGUGCUCAUUAAGGGUACAAGGGUUUUUAAUCCUUUCAUUUUACUAGUACCUGCAUUAUGUGAUAUGUUUGCAACAUCCAUAAUGUAUAUUGGUCUGAACAUGACUUACGCAAGUAGCUUCCAAAUGUUGCGCGGAUCAGUAAUUAUUUUUACAGGAAUGCUUUCUAUUGGGUUUCUUAAUAGAAAAUUGGGAGUAAGAGAAUGGAUAGGCAUUGGUUUUGUCAUAACAGGUUUAGCAUUUGUUGGCGUUAGUGAUAUAUUAACAUUGGAAAACAGUGAUAUUAGUGCAAAUUCUGUAAUCACUGGAGACUUACUUAUUAUAUUUGCUCAGGUAAUAACAGCUGUUCAAAUGGUUGUCGAGGAAAAGUAUGUGGGACAACAGGAUAUUCCUGCGCUACAAGCAAUUGGAUGGGAAGGCAUCUUCGGAUUUAUUGGUAUUUCUAUUGCUAUAAUCCCUCUCAAUUACAUUACUGCACCACCACCUUUUGCGGAUAAUUCACGUGGUACACUUGAAGCCACUGUAGAAGCUCUUACCCAAAUAGGAAGCAAUAGCAAAUUAUUGAUAGCAGUUAUCGGUAUUGCAUUUAGUAUUGCUUUUUUUAAUUUUGCCGGUAUUAGCGUUACUAAGGAAAUGAGUGCUACAACGAGAAUGAUUUUAGAUAGUGUUCGAACAAUUGUGAUAUGGGUCUUUUCUUUAGGGUUUCAAUGGCAAGUUUUUCAUUAUAUGCAGCUUAUUGGUUUUGUAAUUCUUUUAAUCGGUAUGGCAUGUUACAAUAAUAUUGUUAUUCCGCAAUUAAUUCGAAAAUAUCGAUGUCAUCUGGGACGUCAUACAUUACCUGAAAAUGAAGAUCAUAUUAUUAAUACUGCUGCAGAUGACGUGCAAGAAACAACAUAAAUAUCUAUAUAAUUUUAGUAUAUUAAGUUGUAAUUAUUGCUAAUGUUAAUUGUUUUUUACAGAUAAUUAUUAUUAUAUCAACAAAAAGACUAAGAUAAAGACUUUACAAAGUAAGAUUUAUAGUCUUACGAUCUAAAGUAAUCGCGCGCGAUUUGUUACUUAUAUCUGUCUUAUUAUUAAGAAACAUAUUAUUAACAAACAUAUAUAGAAUUAUUAUACAUCUGUAUUUUCGUCUUUUGUUAAGAUGUAAAUAAAAAUGAGAGAAGUACAGAA